GAGUGAGACCCUUCAUAUUCACCAUCAACUUCAUUUACUGCAGUUCCAGCAAUUAUCCUGCAAAUUAUUGCUGCUUUUUUCGCGUUUAUGUACUCUGGCAGUGGCAGUUGUUCUUUUUCUCAACUCUUUGUCACUUGUAUUCAAGUGAAUCUCGGCAUAUCGUGUGUUGAAAUUAAAUUGAAUUAUUUGGCAAAGAUAACAAGAUGGAUCUUUACACAGAUCGUGAACUUUCUUAGAAGAUUUUCCUUGAAAACAUAUCAUUGUAGUACCAUACAACCGCAACAGUUCAUUCCCAUCAACUGUGCUCCUCGGAUGCCUUGGAUUUUGCUCAGAGGCCACCUUCUUGACAUAUUCUUUAUACUUCUCAAACCUUUCAAGGACUUCUUAUGAUUAACUCACCCUGAGGACUGUUCUAACCUUCUUCAUUGGCUUUGAUGUGUUGAACCAAGCUUUUUGAAAGAUCAUCUCCACAAUUUUUCUUGAUGGAUCUCCAACACUCAGCUCUGCCAUAAUUUUAUAAUGACAUUAACAACUAAGAAGUUAGUAGAACAAAACAUAUAGAUAGUGAAACAAUGGAUAAAGGAAGUAUGAAAAUAUAAACCUAUUGCUCUAACUAGUUUCUUCUUAUAAUCCUGUUACAUUACAAGGACUUCUAUAAAAUCACAAUUCUUACAUUUCAAACUUAUUUAUCAUGAAACACUGAUUUUUUAAGACAAAAGAAUGUUGUGUUCAUGCAAAUAAGAGCAGCAUGCAACUUAGUAACUUACUUACCUUGAAGCCUUCCCAGUGUGUUGCUUGGUCUUGAACCACUAGGCUAGUUGGAGUUUGUCAAUGGAAUAGAUCAGCAGAAUAUUAGUUAUUAAUUGACACAAAUUUGUUGGCCAUUCAAAACAAUAGAUCUUAUAUGAUUAUACAAUUGUAAUUAUCUUCUUAAUUAGUUAUCCCAACUGUAAGAUAACAUUUAUUCCAUAUUGACUAUUUAAUGCACAAAUGUAGAAAUAAAAUUGUAUGAGCACUAUUUAAUGCAGAAUUCUCCAUAGGAGAACACAAUUUUUUCAUCUACAACUUUCUUAGUCUAAUAUUGUAUCAGUCUAGGUUGCGAUCCUAUGAUAGUUCUGUCCAAAAUUUCUAGCCUCUUGGUUUUGCAAGACUACCCAGCUCUUUCUCCUUGUUCCUUUUGUGAUUUCCCUCUUGUGAUUACCUUUUAUUUCCCUUAGCCUUAUGUCUAGUGACAUGUAUGAUGUCUUAUUCAUUCGCCUUAAUGGCAAGAACCAUUCUGUCUGGGCAUUCCAGUUCUAGAUAUUUGUCAAAGGUAAGAACCUUUGUGGUCAUGUUGACGGUACCAGAUCUGCUCCUAACAAAGAAAACCAGCCGAACGAAUAUGUUGUGUGGAAAGUCAAGGACGCCCAAGUCAUGGCAUGGAUCAUAAGCUCUGUUGAUCCUCAUAUUGUUUUCAAUCUCCAACCAUUCAACACUGCAACCAAGAUGAGGGCCUAUCUCAAGAAGAUUUAUAGUCAAAAUAAUACUACUAGAAGGUUUCAGCUAGAACAUGAAAUUGUCAUAUUUCAAUGGGAUAGUCUCUCAAUUUUUGAAUUCUAUUAUCAGUUCAUGAAUCGUUGGGUUGAAUACAUUGACAUUGUCUAUGAAGAUUUGUCAAAUGAAGGUCAAAUUGCAGCACAACAAGUUCAUGAGACCAUGGUUAUCAAACUCGCAUUUUAAAUCGUAGAAUCGUACAAUUUUACGAUUCCACUAAGCCUUAGCGAGUUAAAUUAGAAGGAGAAUCGAAAACAGAGUAGACUCGUCUGAGUUAGCGCAAACUCUGACGAGUUUGGAUAGACUCACGAGUCUACCCUGAGUCUGCGGGUUUACGAAAAACCCAAAAUGACGUCGUUUUAUUUGGUCGCGCUUCAUUUUCUCUGUCUGCCUUGUUCGAGUUCUACAACUACUUAUUUCUUUUUUGCUUCAUGGUUUCUUGCUGCGACGAUGAAGGGACAAGUAUGCGAUGGUGGGGUGCGACGAUGAAGAGAGGCAUUCAGUGCCGAAGUGCGAAUGUGCGACACGUGAUGGACCCAUUGCAAAGGAGUUGAUUCCCAAGCUCACUAUUGUGAGGAGAAAUUUAUCCUCCAAGCUAGGGGUAGCGAUACUAGAUAUUGACGUUCAACCAGUCAUUGCCUCUACCAUAUUACUAAAGCGGGUUGGAGGAAUUCUAUUUGUGCUUGGCAGUACAUUUGGAUCUUAUCUUCUGAGCACAACACUUUGCGGUGCAUUGCUAUUUUUUUAUAAAGAUGAAGGACUAGAUUACCAGAAGACAAAUCAGGAAGAAGAUCCCAAAAGCAAAGACAAUUUAGAAAUUAGAAAAAGAUAUGUGUAAUUGUUUCAGUGAAAAGGUUAUUAAAUUUCUUUGUUGGAGCGUUAUGCUUAAACCUUUUUGUGUUGAUGAUUUUGUAUGUUGCCACAUAAUUUGAUUAUGAAUAUGCUUAAGCAUUCUGAUACCAUUGUGUUGUGCUUAAGCAUUCUCAUACCAUUGUGUAGUACUUGCACUAAGAAUUUGAUUAU